UAUACAACCACCCCCAAGAGAAUCGCCUACCUUUGCGCACAUGAAUCCAAGGCUGGUGAGGGGAGUUCAAUUGUUCUAAGUCACACUUCCCAACCGUCAAAUACCAUCUCAGAGGAGAGUUGCUGCGCUCUCCUCCCUCCCACCUUCGCUCCCUCCGUCACACCUCCACCCCCAAAUUAUUUUUCGAUAGCCGGUCAUCAUGGCGUUGUAUCUGGAAAAUGCAUACAGCCUGAUCCAUCAGGACAACACCGCUGAUCAGCCCUCCUUGCCGGAGUUAAAGCUGCAGCUGGAGAAGGGUACUGAUGAGACCAAGCUGGAUACAAUGAGGAGGGUCAUUACGAUCAUGCUCAAUGGCGAUCCGAUGCCGGCCCUCCUGAUGCACAUCAUUCGCUUUGUUAUGCCAUCGCGGAGCAAGCCCCUGAAAAAGCUCCUGUACUUCUACUACGAGAUCUGUCCCAAGUUGGACGCUAGUGGGAAACUGAAGCAGGAGAUGAUUCUGGUCUGUAACGGCAUUCGCAAUGACCUCCAACACCCCAAUGAAUAUGUUCGCGGAAAUACCCUUCGGUUCCUGUGCAAGCUUCGGGAGCCCGAACUCAUCGAACCUCUCCUGUCGUCGGCCCGCUCGUGUCUGGAACACCGCCAUUCUUACGUGCGGAAGAACGCCGUGUGGGCGGUGGCUUCGAUCUUCACCCACUCGGAGUCUCUCAUCCCGGACGCCCCCGAGCUCAUCCAGACAUUCCUCGAGACGGAAACCGAUGGUACCUGCAAGCGAAAUGCCUUCGCGGCUCUCAUGUCCAUUAGCCACCAGAAGGCGCUGGAGUAUUUGGCUACUACGUUCGACAGCAUUCCGAAUACCGAUGAGCUGCUUCAGCUGGUGGAGCUGGAAUUUAUCCGCAAAGACGCGAUCCAGAAUACGCAGAACAAGGGUAAAUACUUGCGAUUGAUCUUCGAUCUCCUCGAUGCGUCUACGAGCACGGUGAUCUACGAGGCGGCGACUUCACUGACGGCCCUGACCAGCAACCCGGUCGCGGUGAAGGCCGCUGCUGGGAAAUUGAUCGAACUGAGCAUUCGGGAGGCCGACAACAACGUCAAGCUCAUCGUUUUGGACCGAGUGGAUCAGCUGAGGAUCCGCAACGAGGGCGUCUUGGACGACCUCACCAUGGAGAUCCUCCGUGUCCUGUCCAGCCCGGACAUCGAUGUCCGCCGGAAAGCCCUGGGUAUCGCCCUGGAGAUGGUCUCGAGCAAGAACGUGGAGGAGAUCGUGAUGCUUCUGAAGAAAGAGCUUUCGAAGACCGUGGAUGAGCAAUACGAGAAGAACAGCGAAUACCGCCAGCUUCUCAUCCAAUCGAUCCACACCUGCGCCAUCAAGUUCUCCGAAAUCGCCGCCAGCGUGGUGGACCUCCUCAUGGAUUUCAUCGCCGACUUCAACAACAACUCCGCCGUCGACGUCAUCUCUUUCGUCAAGGAAGUUGUCGAAAAGUUCCCCCACCUGCGGGCCUCCGUUGUCGACCGCUUGGUCUCGACCCUGAGUGAAGUGCGCGCCGGAAAGGUAUAUCGGGGCGUUCUGUGGGUCGUGGGUGAGUACUCGCUGGAGGAGAAGGAUAUCCGUGAGGCCUGGAAGAAGAUCCGGGCGAGCCUGGGCGAGAUCCCUAUUCUCGCAUCCGAGCAGCGGCUCCUUGAUGAGGUGCCGGACGACAAUGCUCUCAAGGAGCAGAUCAACGGCCAUGCCAAGCAGUCUGCCCCCACCGGAUCCCGCAAGGUGUUGGCGGACGGCACGUAUGCCACGGAAAGCGCUCUGACCAGCCAGUCGGCUGCCGCCGCCCGACUAGAGGCUGUCAAGGCCGCCCAGAAGCCCCCUCUGCGCCAGCUGAUCCUGGACGGCGAUUAUUACCUGGCCACCGUUCUGUCCUCGACCUUGACCAAAUUGGUGAUGCGCCACUCCGAGGUGUCCGAGGAUACGGCGCGGACCAACGCCCUGCGCGCCGAGGCGAUGCUUAUCAUGAUCUCGAUCAUCCGCGUCGGCCAGUCCCACUUCGUCAAGGCGCCCAUUGACGAGGACUCGGUUGACCGCAUCAUGACCUGCGUGCGCUCGCUUGCCGAGUUCUCGCAGAAGAAGGAGCUGGAGACGUCGUUCCUGGAGGACACGCGGGCGGCGUUCCGGGCCAUGGUCCAGGUGGAGGAUCGGAAGCGGGCCGACAAGGAAGCGAGCGAGAAGGCCAAGACGGCGGUGCAGAUCGACGACGCGAUCCCCAUCCGCCAAUUCACGAAGAAGUCGGCCGUGGAGGGCGCCGAGGAGAUCGAGCUGGACCUGGCCAAGGCGACGGGCGGCGACUCGACGGUGGAGUCGGUGUCGUCCAAGCUGAGCCGGGUGGUGCAGCUGACGGGUUUCUCGGACGCGGUGUAUGCGGAGGCGUACGUGACGGUGCACCAGUUCGACAUCGUGCUGGACGUGCUGCUGGUCAACCAGACGCUGGAGACGCUGCAGAACCUGUCGGUGGAGUUCGCGACGCUCGGAGACCUGAAGGUGGUGGAGCGGCCGGCGACGCACAACCUGGGGCCGCGGGACUUCUUGAAUGUGCAGGCUACAGUCAAGGUGUCGUCGACGGACACGGGGGUGAUCUUCGGGAACAUCGUGUACGACGGGGCCAGCUCGACGGAGACGCACGUGGUGAUCCUCAACGACAUCCACGCGGACAUCAUGGACUACAUCCAGCCGGCGCACUGCACGGAGACGCAGUUCCGGACGAUGUGGACCGAGUUCGAGUGGGAGAACAAGGUGAACAUCAACUCGAAGGCGAAGAAUCUGCGGGAGUUCCUGCGGCAGCUGAUGGAGAGCACCAACAUGGCGUGCCUGACUCCGGAUGCCUCGCUCAAGGGCGACUGCCGAUUCUUGAGUGCCAAUCUGUAUGCCCGGAGUGUAUUUGGCGAGGACGCGUUGGCGAACCUGAGUAUUGAGAUGGAAGGGGACGAGGGACCGAUCACCGGGUUUGUCCGAAUCCGCAGUCGGUCGCAGGGACUGGCAUUAAGCCUGGGAUCGCUGAAGGGCCUCAAGGCGCAGACGGCAUGAGAGGGCAGGCUGGACGUCGAUGGUGCAGCGUUGGAAUACCGAUUACCCUCUUAUUGACUUAUUAUACACCCCUCAUAGCUCCUCGGAUGGGGAUCUUGUAACCUCGUUUCCUAUUAUCAUUUUCUUUAUUAUCUCUUCUGAUGGAUGAAUUUGUUGAGUACAUGUUUGAUUGUUUUUUUGCGGAGCUGGAUGAGAAAGGAUUGUUAUUUUUCUUCUAUUCAUUCUUCUUCCUGAUUUCUUUAUUUUCUAUCUUUUUAUUAUUACUU